UUUGAAUCUUUGAAGGUAUGCACAACGGAGGAGAGAUGCAGAUAUGUAAGAGUUAGUGAACUUUUUGUGUAUGAGAAAUUUAGUAGGGUUGCUGCAGAGGCUGUGGAGGCUGGUGAUAUCUGUGCUGUUUGUGGUAUUGAUGAUAUUCAGAUUGGUGAGACAAUUGCUGACAAAAUUUCUGAGAAGCCACUACCUGCCAUUAAGGUGGAAGAACCUACAGUGAAAAUGGCUUUUUCUAUCAAUACUUCACCUUUUGUUGGCCGUGAGGGAAAGUAUGUUACUAGUAGAAACUUAAGAGAUCGUCUCUAUCGUGAGCUUGAGAAAAUUUGGCCAUGAAAGUUGAAGAUGGUGAAACUGCAGAUACAUUCAUUAUUAGUGGAAGGGGUACUUUGCAUAUUACCAUAUUGACAGAGAACAUGUAAGU